AUGAAAUGGAUGAUCGACGCAUCAUUUGCGGUGCAUCCAGAUUUCAAGAGCCAUACUGGCGGCACUCUGUCCUUUGGAGGAGGUGCUGCUCAAGUGAUGUCGAAGAAGCAAAAGCUAAACAGCAGAAGCCGUACAAAAGCGGAACUGAUUGCUGUUGACGAUGUUGUCACGAUGAUACUAUGGACAAAGUUGUUCAAAGGGUAUCCGAUUGAGAAGAAUAUCUUGUAUCAGGAUAACAAAAGCGCGAUUCUGGUCGCAAGAGCAUGGGCAAAAGAAGCCGAGCUAUCAAUAUUUUUUAUUUCUUUAUCACAGAUCAAGUUGAGAAAGGAAAUGUUAAGAUCGAAUACUGUCCAACUGACGAUAUGA